AUGGAUUUGGUUUUGGGAGAGUUGUUAACCGACAACAAGACAUAUGUCGAGCAAAUAGCAAAUGGUUUGUGGCUUAUACUGGAGGAGAGCACCUGGACCUGGCCCGCACACCUGUACAUGCAAAAGGCCGGUGAAGGUAUGCCCGACCCCUCACAGUGGGUCAUAGAUCUCGGUGCUGGCGAGUCAUCAGCCUACGUGGCCUGGAUUAGAUUGCUUCUUGGCGAUAAACUCACAAAACUCUCGCCAAUGUUUGUAAAGCGUAUGGACUAUGAGUUGGACAGACGUAUUGUCGACACAUUUAUGAACAAUGACUUCAAGAAUUGGAUGGGUUUUGAGGGACAGAAAGUGAACAAUUGGAACAUUUGGAUCAAUACUAAUAUACUGAUGACUAGUCUUCUCACUGUAAACGACACCAAAAGACUAGAUGUCAUCAAAAGAGCGGUCAUGAGUGCAGAUAAUUGGUUGGACUGGUAUGGAGAGGACGGUGGGUGUGAUGAGGGACCG